AUGAAUCAAAAGGUGGCGCGUUUCAAUGGGUGUUAUAAACGAGUACAACAAGCACAUCACAGUGGUUGGUCUGAUGAGCAAAUUCUUGAGAAUGCACAUCAAUUGUACAAAUCUGAAAAUAACAACUCAAAUUUUCUGCUUGUGGAUUGUUGGAGAUUGCUAAAGGAUGAGUUGAAAUGGAAUACAAUGUACCAACCAAAAUGUGGUAAGAGAAAAAAGGUGUCAGAAUCAGGGGCAUUUACUUCUUCUUCCAAUGCAGACAUUAGGGAUGAUGAAGUACGUGAAGUGCGCCCUAUUGUCAGUAGAAGGGGGCUUUCGCCAUUACAGAAGUGCACCGCUGCUAUGCGAAUGUUGGCAUAUGGAGCGCCUGCCAAUUAUGCUGAUGAGUAUGUUCGAAUUGGUGAAACUACCGCUAUUGAAUGCCUAGUCAAUUUCGUUCAAGGAGUGAAUGAUAUUUUUGGGACCGAAUAUUUAAGACGACCCAAUGCUGGGGACAUUCGUCGCUUACUUCAAAUGGGGGAGAGUGGGGUACAUUUGUUAAAACUAUCCCACUGCCUCAAGGAGAGAAAAGAAAAUUAUUUGCCCGAUGCCAAGAAGCGGUACGCAAAGAUGUUGAGCGAGCAUUCGGAGUACUUCAAUCUCGUUUUGCUAUUGUACGAGGACCAGCACGUUUUUGGCAAAAGAGAUGUUCUCAAAGAUAUUAUGUAUGCAUGCAUCAUAUUGCACAACAUUAUUGUCGAGGAUGAAAGAGAUGCAUAUGAUGAUGGCCCCGCCGACACCCUAAUGGUUGAAGUAUUGCAUUGA